AUGAUAGGUCCCCAGAACCAAAUCACAGCAACGUCGCUACAGAAGCAGCAGCUGCUGCACCAGCAGAGGCAGGGAGAGAGUGGAGGGCCAGGCAGGCAGGGAGAGAGAGGAGGGCCGGGCAGGCAGGGAGAGAGAAGGCAGGGAGAGAGAGGAGGGCCGGGCAGGCAGGGAGAGAGAGGAGGGCCGGGCAGGCAGGGAGAGAGAGGAGGGCCGGGC